AUAACACCCUCCAUUUCAUAAUUAUUUACAUGAUAACCCCCCUCAACCAAAGAUAUUUGCUUUCAUAUUAUCUUCUUCGGAAAAAAAGAUCAUAUCAAGGACUCAAAUAACUUACUGUCACCACCCACCCUUUAGAAGAAGAGGAAGAAGGAGGAGGAGAAAGGUGUCUCAUUUUGAUAAACACAGAUAAGUAAGGAAGUUUUCUUGUUUGUAUUUGAAGGGAUAAUAAUAUGAUUAUGAAUGACUUCAGAUAUUCUUAUUAGUUAAUUUACUUGUAUGUUUGUUGCAAUUAGAGGUAUCUUCAUCAUCAAUGUGUACCUGUAAUUUAAGGUUUAGUGUUGUUCAAUGUGAUUUCAAACCAAGUCCUUUCGCAAAUGAGUAUCAUCAGUUUAUGAAAAGAAGAAAAAUUGAGAAUUUGAAGGUUUUGACAGAUGGGUGUGCUAGUGGUAGUGGAAGAAAUUGGAAGAAGAAAUCAAGAAGAAAACAAGCAGGUAUUUGUGGGUUUUUAAUGAAAAGUUCAUUGGAAAUUGGACGGGGGAAACCAACAAGUAGUGGGUUGUGUUCUGAUGAGGAGGUUGUUAGGGUACUUAAGUCUAUUUCUGAUCCAAUUCAGGCUUUUUCUUACUUUAAAUCUGUUGCUCAACAACCUAACAUUGUUCAUACUACUGAAUCAUGUAACUAUAUGCUUGAAUUCAUGAGAGUUCACAGAAGAGUGGAAGACAUGGCUGUUGUGUUUGAUUUAAUGCAGAAACAGAUUAUUAGGAGGGAUUUACAAACUUUUUUGACAAUUUUAAAGGGUCUUAGUAUAAGGGGAGGUAUUCGGAAAGCCCCUUACGCUAUUGAUCGAAUGAGUAGUGCUGGUUUUGUUUUAAAUGCUUUUUCUUAUAAUGGGUUGAUUCAUUUUCUCAUUCAAUCCGGGUAUCGUAGAGAGGCUUUGGAGGUCUACAGAAAAAUGGUCUCUCAGGGUCUUAAACCAAGCUUGAAGACUUAUUCUGCGCUGAUGGUAGCUUUAGGAAAGCUAAGAGAUACUGAGACUGUGUUGGGUUUAUUGGAAGAGAUGGAAAGCUUGGGUUUGAGACCAAAUAUUUAUACCUUCACUAUAUGUAUUAGGAUCCUCGGCCGGGAAGGGAGAAUUGACGAUGCGUAUGGAAUUUUGAAAAGGAUGGAAGAGGAAGGAUGUGGACCUGAUGUUGUUACUUAUACUGUUCUCAUUGAUGCUCUUUGCAACACAGGUAGAGCCCAUGACGCCAAGGAAUUGUUUCUAAAAAUGAAAAGAUCCACCAAUCAAAAACCUGACCGGGUAACUUAUAUCACAUUGCUGAACAAGUUUAGCGAUUCUGGGGAUCUGGAUUCUGUAAAAGAGUUUUGGCGCCAAAUGGAGUCGGAUGGUUAUUCUCCUGAUGUGGUUACCUUUACAAUUCUCGUUGAUUCUUUGUGCAAAAGCGGGAAGAUUGACGAAGCAUUUGGCACAUUGGAUAUUAUGAGAAGCAAAGGUAUUUUACCAAAUCUACAUACUUACAAUACAUUAAUUGGUGGCCUUCUGAGAGUAAAUAGAUUGCAUGAAGCAUUGGAAUUAUUCUUUCACAUGGAAACCCAGAGCCAUGAACCCACGGCAUAUACGUACAUCCUCUUCAUAGACCACUAUGGAAAGAACGGGGAGCCUGGUAAAGCUCUUGAGGCCUUUGAGAAUAUGAAGAGUAAGGGAAUUGUUCCUAACAUUGUUGCUUGCAAUGUUUACUUGUAUAGUCUCGCAGAGUUGGGUGAAGUUGGUUCGGCGAAGGAUGUUCUUCAUGGGCUAAAGAACAGUGGCCCUGCUCCAGAUUCUAUAACUUACAAUAUGAUGAUUAAGUGUUACAGCAAGGCGGGUAAACUAGAUGAAGCUGUAAAGUUGCUUUCUGAGAUGAUUGAAUGUGGGUGUGAUCCGGAUGAGAUUACAAUGAACUCGUUGAUAGACGUGCUUUACAAAGGGGACCGGGUAGACGAUGCGUGGAAUAUGUUUCUUAAAAUGAAGGAGAUGAAGCUUGCUCCUACAGUUGUAACCUACAAUACUUUAUUAGCAGGGCUGGGUAAGGAAGGUAAAAUAAAAGAUGCCAUAGAUUUAUUUGAAGUAAUGGAUUCAAAUGGUUGUUCUCCAAACACGGUGACAUUUAACACUCUUCUAGAUUGUCUUUGCAAAGCUGGUGAGGUAGAUAUGGCCUUGAAAUUGCUUUGUAGAAUGUCGGAAAUGGAUUGUAGACCUGAUGUUUCUACUUACAACACAAUUAUACAUGGUUUAGUUAAAGAAGAUAAGGUUAGUGCUGCUUUCUGGAUCUUCCAUCAGAUGAAAAAAAUUGUCUCCCCUGAUUUGAUAACUUUGUGCACCCUCCUUCCUUUUAUGGUUAAACACCGGCAGAUUGAAGAUGCUUUGAAGAUCACCGAGAACUUUUUCCUUCAGGCUGAGCAUCAAGCCACUAGGUCUUCUUGGGAAAAUCUCAUGAGUGGAAUUUUGGGUGAAGCUGAAAUCGACGAAUCCAUUCGCUUUGCUGAACUGGUGGUGUCAGCUAAGCUUUGCGAGGAUGAUUCCUUGGUUUCUGUUAUAAUUAGAUAUUUGAAACCUAAGAAUUCCCUCCAUGCUUACGAAGUAUUUGGGAAAUUCACAAAGGAAUAUGGAGUUUUACCGACCCUUAAAUCAUAUAAUCCUUUAAUUGAUUGUCUGCUUCAAGAUCAAUUUUCUGUGUUAGCUUGGAGCCUGUUUGGGGAGAUGAAAGAUUCUGGCUGUGAUCCUAAUGUUUCCACAUACAAUUUGUUACUAGAUGACCUUGGUAAGACUGAGAAAGCUGACAAACUUCUGGAGCUAAAAGAAGAGAUGCUCUUGAAGGGAUGUGAACCAGUCACCAUCACUCAUAACAUCAUAAUCUCUGGCCUUGUCAACUGCAACAGAGUAGAUGAAGCCGUAGACUACUAUUUCGAUCUUAUGAGUGGAGAUUUCUCUCCAACUCCUUGUACUUUUGGGCCGAUCAUAGAUGGACUUUCAAAGUCUGGGAGAAUCGAGGAAGCAAAGCAGUUCUUUGAGGAAAUGGUGGAAUAUAGAUGCAAACCAAAUUGCGCUAUUUAUAACAUUCUAAUAAACGGGUUUGGAAAAGUGGGUGACGUCGAUGCUGCCAUUGAGUUGUUCAAGAGGAUGUUGAAAGAAGGAAUUAGACCUGAUUUGAAGUCGUACACUAUACUUGCAGAUAGCCUCUGCAUGGUGGGGAGGGUGACUGAUGCUCUGCGCUACUUCGAGGAAAUAACCUUUACCGGCCUUGAGCCUGAUUUGGUUGCUUACAAUCUGAUGAUAAAUGGACUCGGAAGAGCAGGGAGGUUAGAAGAGGCCUUUUCUCUUGUGAAGGAGAUGAAGAUCAAAGGGAUUUUUCCUGAUCUUUAUACAUAUAAUUCAUUAAUACUCAAUCUUGGGAAGGUUGGAAUGGUAGAGGAAGCCGGAGAAAUGUAUGAAGAAUUGCAACUGCAUGGACUUGAACCUAAUGUUUUCACAUAUAAUGCUCUCAUUCGAGGGUAUAGCAUGUCCGACAAUCCUGAUCGGGCAUAUGCAGUUUAUAAAAAGAUGAGGGUUGGCGGCUGCAUCCCCAAUAAAGGAACAUUUGCUCAACUUCCUAAUCAAUCUCAAGAUGAAGUGCUUCAGAUGGUUGAGUGAUGUGAAGAACUCAACCUAGUUCAGUCAGUUCAGCCGAGAGAGCAACACUAACCGUGCCCAAGAAUUUGGUACUCUAUCAGUUAGUUUCUUGGUGUUUGACCAUCAAAAGAAUUUAGUAGGAUCCUCUUUUUUGGAGUUCAAUAGCCCAGACUUAUCACGGUGAAGACAAAUUCUAAGCACGGUGUUGGUGAAGACUGGAUCUGUUUCAAAUGCCAACCGUGCUAUUGGGUAAGAUUCAGGUGUCAUGCCAUGUUCAAUACGUAAAAGCGUAAAUGUAAGUAUGUACUUUAUUCCUUAGUUAAUAGUGUUAAAUUCUGGUUGGAUCUCUGCUGGAGAGCAGAAACAUCUACUUGUAUUAGAAUGAACUCCAUUUAUAUGAAAAAAUUCAUGUUAGUUGUGUUUUCCUGCCUUAGUUACACUCUCAUAUAAA